ACCUCUUCUCACCUCUCUUUCUCUCCCACCACAUCCAUAACAACCGGAACCUUCACCGGCAACCCCACAACCACCGCCACCUGAAAGCCCAACUUUAUCGGAUCUAACCAUCUUCCGGAUCUCGGAUCUUACCUUUAAAAGAACACUCUUCCAGCUGCCGCCAUUGCUACCGUUGCUAGAGCUUUUAUUAAACUCCAGAUCUGGUCCAAACACGGGUUUUCUAGAAAGUAUCCACCCCCUUCCCCAGUCCCACCAGUUUCGGAUCGAAGUGGAUGCGGAUUCACCCAUUGAAGAAACGGAUUUGGAUCGGCGCAUGGCCCAUGCGGUUGCGGCGGAGGUGGUGUCGGAGAUGGAGGACGGGUGGAUGCGUAAGGAGACCGAAAAUGCAGGGAAAGGCUGUUGAAAAUGGCCCUAUGCUUCUCCGACUUCCUGGCGUUGAGGUUGCAAAGGCAUUCACACCUCAUCUACUUGUAGGAAGUAGAUGUAGAUUGCAACUUCCAGAAAAUUGGUGCAAUGACUUUGGCGGUUUUUUAAUGUGUGCAAUUUUCACACAUAAGUUGUACGGGAGUGAUUGUGUAUGGAUAAGAAUGAAUGAGGCGACGAGUGAUACAAAUGCUCAAGAUGAUGUGGUUUGGGAGGAGAGUGUUCGUGAUAAGUAUAGAAGUACUUGGGUGUGGUAUAUAUCAUUUGGUUCAUUGAGACACACUACAUGGUGGGAUCAAACACACAAAGCUCUUUUGCUUAACAUUGAAAAAUCAAGAUGUACCAGUUUUGGCAUUCGACUCAUUGGCAAGAAAAGUAGAAGUGGUCUAACAGGAAUAUCAAUAGAUUCUUCUUCUGAUUAUACAUCUAAGUUCAAGAUUGAACAUGACUCAAAGUCGUCAUUAACGAUCUCCUUAACUGCUUAUGCCCAGGGUCUAUAUUAAAGAUGAAUUGUACUUAAAUUCAGAAAUUCAAUCAUAUAUAUCCACAAUUUACGUCCCUUUAUA